UGCGGCUGCGCGCACUGGGCUGCCUCCGGGGCUGGCAGGGCAGCGGCGGCCGCGGCGGCGGCGGCGAGGCCGGGAGCGAGCGGCGGCGGCGGCGGCGGCGUGGGGAGUGGCGUGGAGCGGAGCCUGGGGCUGCAGCAGCACGGGGACCCCGGAGUAGAAAGCCCCGGGGACAAGGAAGGAAGGCCCGGCCGCCAAAUCCCUGAGCAACCGUUCUUCUUGGAUUUUGGGGGGAGCCUGCCCCCCCACUUCGUCUUCAAACGCCCCCAUCUCACCCCCCACAGCCCCGGCCGCUGACGGGAGGAGGCGGCGGCGGCAGCAGGGGGCUGAGGGGCGCCGCCAUGCCUCUCCCGCGGUGAAGCGCCCCGGCCGUGAGGAACCGCUGGUCUCCCCGGUGAUGUCCCCCAGGCGGCAGGCGAAAGCGACUCACUCGAGCCCUGGGCGAUGGCAGAGGAACAACAACAGCCGCCACCACAGCAGCCUGAUGCCCAUCAGCAGCUUCCCCCCAGCGCCCCCAACUCGGGGGUGGCCCUGCCAGCCCUUGUGCCCGGGCUGCCAGGGACAGAGGCCAGCGCGCUGCAACACAAGAUCAAGAACUCCAUCUGCAAAACUGUACAAUCUAAAGUGGACUGCAUUUUGCAAGAAGUUGAGAAGUUUACAGACCUAGAGAAACUCUACCUCUACCUUCAGCUGCCUUCUGGUCUCAGCAAUGGAGAGAAAAGUGAUCAGAAUGCCAUGUCAUCUAGUCGGGCACAACAAAUGCAUGCCUUUUCCUGGAUUCGGAAUACCCUAGAGGAACAUCCGGAGACUUCACUGCCCAAACAGGAAGUCUAUGAUGAGUACAAGAGCUAUUGUGACAAUCUUGGUUAUCAUCCAUUAAGUGCUGCUGAUUUUGGAAAGAUCAUGAAAAACGUCUUUCCAAACAUGAAGGCACGCCGUUUGGGCACAAGAGGCAAAUCUAAAUAUUGCUACAGUGGACUAAGAAAAAAAGCUUUUGUUCAUAUGCCAACACUGCCCAACCUUGACUUUCACAAAACUGGAGAUGGGUUGGAAGGAGCUGAACCUUCUGGGCAGCUUCAAAAUAUUGAUGAAGAAGUUAUCUCUUCUGCUUGCCGUCUUGUGUGUGAGUGGGCCCAGAAAGUGUUAAGCCAACCAUUUGACACCGUCUUGGAAUUAGCCCGCUUCCUUGUAAAAAGUCACUAUAUAGGCACCAAGUCAAUGGCAGCUCUAACUGUAAUGGCAGCAGCACCAGCAGGAAUUAAAGGAAUUACCCAGCCUUCUGCUUUUAUACCUACAGCUGAAAGUAAUUCCUUUCAGCCUCAGGUGAAGACUUUGCCGUCUCCAAUUGAUGCUAAACAGCAGUUGCAACGGAAAAUCCAGAAGAAGCAGCAAGAACAGAAACUACAAUCCCCUUUGCCAGGAGAAUCUGCAGCAAAAAAAUCAGAAAGUGCUACAAGCAAUGGAGUAACUAACCUUCCUAAUGGAAAUCCUUCAAUCCUUUCUCCUCAACCUAUUGGUAUCGUUGUGGCAGCUGUCCCUAGUCCCAUUCCGGUCCAGCGGACUAGGCAAUUGGUAACUUCUCCGAGUCCAAUGAGUUCUUCUGACGGCAAAGUUCUUCCCCUCAACGUACAGGUGGUCACUCAGCACAUGCAGUCUGUGAAACAGGCACCAAAGACUCCCCAGAACGUUCCAGCCAGUCCUGGUGGGGAUCGUUCUGCCCGGCACCGUUACCCUCAGAUCUUACCCAAACCAGCCAACACCAGUGCACUCACCAUUCGCUCUCCAACUACUGUCCUCUUUACUAGUAGUCCCAUCAAAACUGCUGUUGUACCCGCUUCACACAUGAGUUCUCUAAAUGUGGUGAAAAUGACAACAAUAUCCCUCACACCCAGCAACAGUAACACCCCUCUUAAACAUUCUGCCUCAGUCAGCAGUGCUACAGGGACAACAGAAGAAUCAAGGAGUGUUCCACAGAUCAAGAAUGGUUCUGUCGUGUCACUUCAGUCUCCUGGGUCCAGGACCAGCAGUGCGGGGGCAACAUCUGCUGUGGAAGUCAAAGUGGAACCCGAAACAUCAUCAGAUGAGCAUCCUGUACAGUGCCAAGAGAACUCUGAUGAGGCUAAAGCUCCCCAGACACCUAGUGCCCUUUUGGGGCAGAAAAGUAAUACAGACGGAGCACUGCAGAAACCUUCAAAUGAAGGUGUCAUUGAAAUAAAAGCAACUAAGGUCUGUGACCAGAGGACCAAAUGUAAAAGUCGCUGUAAUGAAAUGCUGCCAGGCACAUCAACAGGCAAUAAUCAAAGCACUAUCACUCUAUCAGUUGCUUCUCAGAACUUAACUUUCACCAGCACCAGCUCACCACCUAAUGGUGACUUAAUCAAUAAAGACCCUAAAUUAUGCACUAAAAGCCCAAGAAAACGACUGUCUUCUACAUUGCAAGAGACCCAGGUGCCUCCUGUAAAGAAACCAAUUGUGGAACAGCCUUCAGCAGCUACCAUAGAAGGGCAGAAACAAGGCAGUGUGAAGAAGGACCAAAAGGUUCCACAUUCAGGGAAAACAGAAGGUUCAACAGCAGGUGCUCAGAUUCCUAGCAAGGUAUCAGUAAAUGUCAGUUCACACAUAGGAGCAAAUCAGCCCUUGAAUUCCUCUGCCCUUGUUAGCAGUGAUUCAGCUUUGGAACAGCAAACAACCCCAUCAUCAUCUCCAGAUAUAAAAGUAAAACUUGAAGGAAGUGUCUUUCUCUUGGACAGUGAUUCGAAGUCAGUUGGCGGCUUUAAUCCAAAUGGAUGGCAACAAAUCACUAAGGAUUCUGAGUUUAUAGCUGCCAGCUGUGAACAACAGCAAGAUAUCAGUGUUAUGACAAUUCCUGAGCAUUCUGAUAUCAAUGACUUAGAGAAAUCUGUUUGGGAAUUAGAAGGAAUGCCACAGGACACAUAUAGCCAGCAGCUACAUAGCCAGAUGCAGGAAUCUUCUUUAAAUCAAAUACAAGCACAUUCUUCAGAUCAGUUACCUCUGCAAUCUGAACUGAAGGAGUUUGAGCCUUCUGUUUCCCAGACAAAUGAAAGCUACUUUCCUUUUGAUGAUGAACUUACACAAGAUAGUAUUGUGGAAGAGCUGGUGCUUAUGGAGCAGCAAAUGUCAAUGAACAAUUCUCAUUCUUACGGGAACUGUUUGGGAAUGACCCUUCAGAGUCAGUCGGUAACUCCAGGAGCUCCAAUGUCAUCUCACACCUCCAGCACCCACUUCUAUCAUCCAAUCCACAGCAAUGGCACUCCAAUCCACACACCCACACCCACACCCACACCCACUCCUACCCCAACCCCAACCCCAACCCCAACAUCUGAAAUGAUUGCUGGAUCUCAGAGUCUAUCACGGGAGAGCCCUUGCUCCAGGCUAGCCCAGACUACACCUGUGGAUAGUGCUUUAGGAAGUAGCCGACAUACACCCAUUGGUACUCCACAUUCUAACUGCAGCAGUAGUGUCCCCCCCAGCCCUGUUGAAUGCAGGAAUCCAUUUGCAUUCACUCCAAUAAGCUCCAGCAUGGCAUAUCAUGACGCCAGCAUUGUCUCAAGUAGUCCUGUGAAACCGAUGCAAAGACCCAUGGCCACACAUCCUGACAAAACCAAGCUUGAAUGGAUGAAUAAUGGGUAUAGUGGGGUUGGUAAUUCAUCAGUUUCUGGCCAUGGUAUUCUCCCAAGCUAUCAGGAACUAGUGGAAGACCGUUUCAGGAAACCUCAUGCUUUUGCUGUGCCUGGACAGUCUUAUCAGUCUCAAUCCAGACAUCAUGACACUCAUUUUGGUCGUUUGACUCCUGUCUCUCCUGUGCAGCAUCAAGGUGCCACUGUAAAUAACACCAACAAACAGGAGGGUUUUGCAGUCCCUGCCCCUCUUGAUAAUAAAGGAACUAAUUCAUCUGCCAGCAGCAACUUCAGAUGCCGGAGUGUGAGCCCUGCUGUUCAUCGCCAACGUAAUCUUAGUGGAAGCACCCUUUAUCCAGUAUCUAAUAUCCCACGAUCUAAUGUGACCCCCUUUGGAAGUCCAGUUACCCCAGAAGUUCAUGUUUUCACAAAUGUUCACACAGACGCAUGUGCCAACAACAUAGCUCAAAGAAGCCAAUCAGUUCCAUUGACAGUCAUGAUGCAGACAGCCUUCCCAAACGCUCUUCAGAAGCAAGCAAACAGUAAAAAAAUAACCAAUGUUCUGUUGAGUAAACUUGAUUCCGACAAUGAUGAUGCAGUGAGAGGUUUGGGAAUGAACAACCUGCCCUCUAAUUAUACAGCCCGGAUGAAUCUCACUCAGAUUUUGGAACCUUCCACUGUUUUUCCUAGUGCCAACCCACAAAAUAUGAUCGAUUCCAGCACUUCUGUUUAUGAAUUCCAAACACCAUCUUACCUCACCAAAAGUAAUAGCACCGAUCAGAUCAAUUUUUCUCCUGGAGAUAAUCAAGCACAAUCAGAAAUUGGAGAGCAACAAUUAGAUUUCAAUAACACUGUUAAAGACCUGUUGAGUGGAGACAGCUUGCCAACCAGCCAGCAGCUGGUAGGUCAAGUAGCAUCUGAGCUCACUAAUACUGCAUCGGAUUUCUCUAGCGAUAUCAGGUUGUCUUCCGAGCUCUCAGGCAGCAUCAAUGAUUUGAACACUUUAGACCCAAAUCUACUGUUUGAUCCAGGUCGUCAGCAGGGACAAGAUGAUGAAGCUACACUGGAAGAAUUAAAGAAUGACCCAUUAUUUCAACAAAUUUGCAGUGAAUCCAUGAAUUCUAUGACUUCAUCAGGUUUUGAAUGGAUAGAAAGCAAGGACCAUCCUACUGUUGAAAUGUUGGGUUAAAUUGUGUUUUAUAAUAUGUAGCACACUGUAUCUAAAGACAUAUGUAUUGUAUUUGUCUUAAUGGAAGUGCCUCCCGCAGCAGAAAUACUAUUAAUUGUGACAUUUUAAAAGCGUUUGCUGCAGAAGUGGUUUCUUCAGUAGGAAAUGGUUAGACUCGCCUCAGUUCUUAACAAGUGUCUAAAGACAGUAGGCUGUAGAAGAACAAGUAUUAGGUUUUAAAUUUUAUAAUGUGCCCCAUUUAUUCACAUUGAUUGACUAUCCAGCUAUUACAAGAGCAGUCGAUCUUUAUUUUGUAUAAGUUAGUUUCAUUUCGUCAGAUGAUCUGCACAGAACUCAGAAUAAACCAUCAAUUUUAGGUAUAGGCUAUUUUGUUGUUGGCAUUAUCUUUUAGAUAUAAAAUCAUAGCUAAGGUGAACUGUAGACAAGAAAGUCUUCCUUGAAACAGGGAUAAUAUUCAGGUUAUUAUAAAUAUUUAGGCUUGAAGCAUAGAGCUACUGUAGGAUGAAAAAUCUCUGUAGGACUUUCUGGGGCUUCAGUACCAUUUACACCCACGAUGAAGGGCUUAAAUAGAAAAUAAUGGAAAAUUAAAUAUUACUUUAAGGAAAGCAAAGCUGCACUAAAAUUUUUAAGAGAAAAAAACAAGUAGCCAUUUAUAUUUGUGACCUUGCAUUAAUAUUUAAAUGUCGAUUUUAAUAUGGAGCUAGCACACACAGAUGCGCAGGCACGCACACACAAAACAAGUAAAUGUAACUCCAGGCAUUUGUAAUUUAAUAUAAUAAAUACAAGCAUGUUAGAAAAAUGCUUUAUGUUUUAUUAUUUGUUAAGUUAGGGGAAUGAGAAGGAAAACAAAAGCAUUCUCUUAGUUUCAUCACAAUGGCUGCAUGUACAUAUUGAGAUUCUAAUUGAGAUUUACUUUGAAAUUUUUCAUUAAAAUAUUCCACAAUAAUCAGUUUUUUUCCUCUUCAAUUGAGUGAGUGACUGACUGACUCCCUCACUCCUCCUGAAUAUAGUAAUGUAGUUUGAUCAUAGGAUCCCUUUGAGAAACAGGAAGGAGGAUAACAUAAAAAGCAACAAAAAACAUUUCACCACCUAAGGUCUGAAGCCACAAAUCUUUAUAUCUCUGAUGAAACAAAGGGGAUAUCAAUAGUACUUGAAGAAGAAGAGCAUUUUAUUACUUGCUCAAUUUAUUUAUUGUGAUAACCACAAUUGCAAAAGAAGAACUCAGGAUUUGUUUUAAAAUGUUUCUCUCUAUGGCUCCCAUUUUGUUUUGUGAAUAAUUAUUUAUGAGUUGCAUGUUGACACAAACCUACUCACUGGUUGAAAGCUCCAUUUAAGUGAGUUUCAAGAUCACUUUCAAAGAGAUUUUUAAAUUGCCAUUGUUUUUAAAGCUAACGUAAAACCAUUUGCUAUGCUACCUUGAACCUAGCUAAGCUUUCCUUUACCUUAGUAAGCCAAUCAGAAGACUACAAUCAAUGAAUAUUUAGCGAAUGUGCUGAAGGGUUUAAGAAGGUUUUGUUGUUCAAUAAAUUUGCAAGGUAGGGUAUUAACAUAUUUUGAUAAAUAAAUGGUGCUAGAGUUGGCGCAGAGGUUUAUAUAUUGAUAUGUCUUAGUUAUUGGCAUUUGUGUGUGUUUGCUGUUAUCUUGAUUUCGUGAUUUGUUAGGUAUUUUUUUCUUGAUGCUAGUUAUUUCUUCACUGUACAUUGAGACACAGCACUACUGCACACCAAAGUAUGCAAUACCCAAAGGAAACUGUGUGAUUUCUCCUAACAAAUGAUGGGAGCCUUUCUUUAUGAGAUACUCUGAAAAGGAGAUUUUGAGGCCAUUCUAAUCCUUUGUUUACAUUAUUAGUUUCCUACUAAUAUAAAAAUAAUGGAAAUCUUUUUUGAUAAAAAUAUUAAGACUGGAGGAUUUUUAACCCCUUGUACAGUAUUGCAGCAAACUCUUUAAAUUUGGUUGAAUUCGUCCAGCAAACUUUCUGGGGUUCAUAUAUUGCACUAAAUUUGUUGAACCUGUGGUAGGCACAUCUCUUAGGAUAAAUGCAACCAAUACAGUCCACAGAUUAAACUUUUUAAAUGUGUUUCAUUAUGAAAAGACAAAAUGUCAUCAAAGUGACAGAUAAAAUUGUCUUAUGUAGCAAUGUGCAUUGAUCUCAAUGAGAUAUUUCUAUUAUUCUCUUACAUGAGAAUAUUACAGCAGGAAGAAUUAAGUUUAGUUUGCUUCACCAUGUUAAUACAUGAUCACAAAAUGUGCAUGAGUGUUACUGACUUAUCUUGUACAGUACUAGGAUUCCUGUAACCACUCUUUUUUUUCUUCGCUGUAUUGAAACUGGUUCAGUGUUAAUCAGGCAAGCAUAGUUAUUCACAGGUUAUUUACUUUAUGUUUACUAAUUCUGCUUAGUUAUUGUUGAAUAUGUUCUGUUCCAGAUUAUUUUUAUUGUUUUGAUGUUUAAAACAUUUUGCAUACUGUUUAUCAUAAGACUUCAUGAAGUAAAUAAUUUUGCAUAUAAUUGCAAUAAGCACUGACUUUUGAACUGAAAAGAAGGAAAGUGUUUUUUUGUGCAGUGCUUCUGAGGUUCAUAUAAUAGUCUUGUACUAUAAUGUGCUUUACUACACGAUAAAUGACAAAAACAAGCCCUGUUUCAUGUUUCAUUUAGUGCAAAAAGUCAGAUUUCCCCAGUGUUUUGUUGUCUGUUGUACCUGCUGAAACUACAGUAGUUGAAUAUUGCGGUAGCAUUUCAGUUCUCUUUUUUUAUUAAAGUGCUCAAAAAUUGUUUUUUAAAUGUUUUCAAAAACAAUUAAAAACAUUUUAUAUUAAA